AUGGCAUAUCCAUACAUGAACGGUACUCUUCAUGCUGGUCACAGUUUCACCGUCAGUAAGGUUGAAUUCACAGCGGGUUUCGCACGUAUGCAAGGAAAGAGAACUUUAUUCCCCAUGGGUUUUCAUUUGACCGGUUUACCUAUCAAAGCAUGCGCCGACAAGCUCGUGAAUGAAAUUAAGCUUUUUGGAAAGAACUUCGAGAACUAUAAGGAGGAAGAGGUUUUGGAGGAGAAGACAAAUACCCCUACGCCAAGCACACAUCACGAAGAUGUCACCAAGUUCACGGCAAAGAAAGGAAAGGCUGCCGCAAAGGUUGUCAAGAUGAAGUAUCAAUUCCAGAUUAUGAGAGCAUUAGGUAUUCCAAUGGAGGAUAUUCAUCAGUUCGCAGACCCUCAAUAUUGGGGUGCCUACUUUUCUCCCCUUUGCAGACGAGAUCUAACGAAUUUCGGAGCACGUGUUGAUUGGAGAAGAUCGUUUGUUACAACCGAUGCCAACCCAUACUACGAUGCUUUUGUUCGAUGGCAGAUGAAUCGUCUCAGGGAGCUCAAGAAGAUUAAGUUCGGGAAGCGAUACACAAUUUACUCGCCAAAGGACGGACAGCCAUGUAUGGAUCACGAUCGAAGUGAUGGGGAGGGAGUUGGCCCACAAGACUACGUAGCCAUGAAGUUGAAGGUCAUGGAAUGGUCAUCAGAGGCUGCAGCUGCAAUCAAGGAUAAGGUCCCUGCGGAUGCAGAUAUUUUCUUCGUACCCGCUACACUUCGACCAGAGACCAUGUAUGGCCAGAACUGUUGUUUUGUUGGACCUAAGAUUACCUAUGGUGUUUUCAAAGUUUCAGAAAAGGAAUACUUCGUUAUUACCGAUCGUGCGGCAAGAAAUAUGUCAUACCAAGAUAUUUUCCCUGAAAAUGGUAAAGUUGAUAAGGUAGCAGAGAUUAUUGGUUCAGCAUGUGUUGGAACUUUAGUUCAAGCUCCUCUUUCCGUACAUAAAGAUGGUGUUAGAAUCCUUCCUAUGGAGUCAGUUCUUCCUACCAAAGGUACUGGUGUUGUUACCUGCGUACCAUCUGACAGUCCAGAUGAUUAUGCGACAAUCAUGGAUCUCGCUAAGAAGGCGGAUUAUUAUGGUAUCAAGAAAGAAUGGGCCGAAUUAGAGAUAAUCUCUAUCAUCAAUACACCUUCGUAUGGAGAUAUGUGCGCUCCGUUCUUGGUGAAGAAGCUCAAGAUUGCCUCACCAAAGGACAAGACAAAAUUGGAAGAGGCGAAAGAGCUUUCAUAUAAGGAGGGGUACUACCAAGGUAUCAUGGCAUUUGGAGAGUUCAAGGGAGAGAAGGUCGAAGUUGCCAAGCCUAAGGUCAGAAAGCAAAUCAUUGACGCUGGUCAAGGCUUUGCAUACUCGGAACCCGAGCGAAAAGUUACUAGUCGAUCUGGGGAUGAUUGUUGCGUCGCAUUAAUGGAUCAAUGGUAUCUUGAUUAUGGAGAGGAGUCCUGGAGAAAGGAAGCUCUUGGCCACCUUGAUUCUGGUUUGAACACUUACUCGCAAGAAACCAAAAAUGGCUUUGAAGGUGUCCUCAACUGGCUCAAUCAAUGGGCAUGUGCCAGAACUUAUGGUCUUGGGUCAAAACUUCCCUGGGAUCCUCAAUUCUUGGUUGAAAGUUUGAGUGACAGUACCAUUUACAUGGCAUACUAUACCAUUGCUCACUAUCUUCAUAACGAUAUUUUCGGUAAGACUCAAGGUCUUGCUGGAAUCAAGCCAGAGCAAAUGACCGACGAGAUUUGGGAUUAUGUCUUCGCUCGCCGGGAUAUUAGUGAUGAUAUCCUGAGUGAAAGCAAGAUUCCAAAGGAGACCCUCGAGUCAAUGAGAAGAGAAUUCGAAUACUGGUACCCACUUGACCUUAGAGUAUCAGGAAAGGAUCUCAUCCCUAACCAUCUUACUUUCUUCCUUUAUAUCCAUAUCGCCAUUUUCCCACCAGAGUACUGGCCGAAGGGUGUCCGUGCCAAUGGUCACUUGCUCUUGAACGGAGAAAAGAUGAGUAAAUCGACUGGAAACUUCAUGACCUUGAGCGACAUGAUCAACAAAUAUGGUGCAGAUGCUAGUCGAAUUGCAUUGGCUGAUGCGGGAGAUGGAGUUGCGGAUGCCAAUUUUGAAGAAGAUGUUGCCGAUAACAACGUUCUCCGUCUUUACACCCUCCGAGAAUGGUGUGAGGAUAUGGUAAAGGAACAAGAUAGCCUUCGUACAGGAGAAAAGAACGAUUUCCUUGACGCACUAUUCGAGAAUGAAAUGAAUGCUAUUGUUCAGGAAUGUCGUCAACAUUACGAAGCGACAGAUUAUAAGCUCGCUCUCAAAUUGGCUCUUUAUGACUUCACAGGUGCGCGUGACUUCUAUCGUGAAGCCAGCAUUGCUGCCGGAAUCAAGAUGCACAAAGAUCUUAUUCUCAGAUAUAUUGAGCUCCAAGCUCUUCUUCUCACUGUCAUUGCGCCUCAUUGGUCUGAAUACAUCUGGCUCGAGGUCCUUCACAAGCCCACUACCAUUCAGAAUGCCCUUUAUCCUACCGUUGCAGCUCCAAAUCUAGGUCUCAGCGCUGCUCGAGAAUACGUCCGCUCUACAUCCUCGAAUAUCACAUCCGCUGAAGCUGCUCAACAAAAGAAAAAAGCCAAAGGAAAAGAUAUUGGAUAUGAUCUCAAGAAGCCCAAGAAGCUUACCAUUUUCUCUGCUGCCAAAUUCCCUGCUUGGCAAGAAAAGUAUAUCGACCUUGUUCGUGAAUCCUGGAACCCAGAGACCAAGAGUGCUGAUGACAAGGAAUUGAAUGGCAAGAUUGCUAAGAUGGGAGAAAUGAAGAAAGCCAUGCCUUUUGUACAAGCUUUGAAGAGAAGAUUACAGAAUGGUGAAGCUGCAGAUCAAAUAUUUGAGAGGAAAUUGGCUUUUGAUGAGCAGAAAACACUCAAGAAUAUGGUACCCGGUCUUAAGAAGGCGGCUGGAUUAUCGGUGAUAGAGUUAGUUAUUGUGGAUGGUGAUGAGGGUGGAAAGAAAGGUGUUGUUAUCUCAAUUGAGGGUGGUGCGGAGAAGGAAUACGGAGCUUUGCCAAGUAUGGCUGACCAGGCUGUUCCUGGUGUUCCAACUUUCUUGUUUGAAAAUGUCGAGGUUUGA